AUGAAAGCACUGGCCAGGAGCUAUGUCUGGUGGCCAGGGCUCGAUUGGGACAUCGAGGAUGUGGUGAAGAGAUGCCAGCCCUGCCAGGAAUCCAGACUUGAGCCUUCCAGGGCCCCUGCCCGAGCCUGGGAGUCAUCCCACAGACCGUGGUCCAGGCUACACUUGGACUUCGUGGGCCCAUUCCAGGGUCAGCUGUUCUUCAUUCUGGUGGACGAGUACAGCAAGUGGCUGGAAGUGUUCCCGGUGCCGUCCACCUCCUCGAAAGCAGCAAUACGGGCCAUGUGGAGAAUCUUCAGUGCUCAGGGAAUUCCCGACACCCUGGUCGCGGACAACGGCACAGCGUUCACCUCCAGCGAAUUCCAGGACUUCACCUGGUACUAUGGGAUCCACCACAUCAGGUCAGCCCCUUUCCACCCUGCUACCAACGGCCAGGCUGAGCGCAUGGUUUGGACGACCAAGGAAGUGCUCCGCCGCCUGGACAAUAAGGACUGGGACUACAAGCUGGCUGCCUUUCUCUUCAGCCAGCAAAUAAUGCCUCACACCACAACGGGAUGCAACCCAGCAGAACGCCUCCUGGGCAGAUGCCUGACGACCCGGCUGGAUUGUCUUCACCCCGAUAGAGCACCAGAAGAAGAGCUGGACACUGAGUCACCGGAGGCAGCCAGAGGAUUCUUCCCAGAGGAUCCUGUGUACACCAGGAACUAUGUGCGGGGUCCGCCAUGGAUUCCAGCAUGGGUGGUGAGAGUCAUGGCCCCCCGAUUGUAUGAGGUCUCCAGCGAGGAUGGCCAGAUACUCCGGCGCCACAUCGACCAGUUGCGUCGGCGGGUGCUGCCAUACGACCCAGAGGACUUCGAGGAACAGGGCUCCUCCAAGGCUGCAACUUCCCCUCUGCUACCAGAUACUCCGGCUUCUCCUGACAUGGCGCCCAGCCUAUCUUCACCCUCCCUGCCAGCUGACAGCGUGGCUGCACCUAGGAAAGCAACGCAGACUGAUCCACCACAGCCGACGCUGGCCAGCACUCAGCCGAGUGCAUCGGCAUCAGCUCCUGCCAUAAUUGCUGAUGGGUCCCUGGAGAAGACAAGUGAUGAUGUGGGGAGCGAAGAAGAUUUAUAUGACGAUUUCCGGAGUUCCAGUCACCGCUAUGGCCACCCAGGUGGCGGAGGAGAGCAACUUGCUAUUAAUGAGCUCAUCAGUGAUGGAGGUGUGGUCUACGCAGAAGCCCUCUGGGAUCAUGUCACCAUGGAUGACCAAGAGCUGGGCUUCAAGGCUGGUGAUGUCAUUGAAGUAAUGGAUGCCACUAACAAGGAAUGGUGGUGGGGCAGGAUAAUGGACAGCGAGGGCUGGUUCCCAGCCAGCUUUGUACGGCUUCGAGUGAACCAGGAUGAACCAAUGGAAGACUACCCUCUGAAGUUAGACGAUGGCAGGGAAGAAGACUCCCGAAAUGCUGCCCACCGUUAUGGGGUGGGGCAAACAACCAAGGAUCAGAUGAGGACCAAUGUUAUCAAUGAGAUCCUAAGCACAGAGAGAGAUUACAUCAAACACCUGAAGGACAUCUGUGAGGGCUAUAUAAAGCAGUGCCGUAAAAGAGCAGAUAUGUUCACCGAGGAGCAGCUGAAAACCAUCUUUGGGAAUAUUGAGGAGAUCUACAAGUGCCAGAAAAAAUUUGUUAAAGCAUUGGAGAAAAAAUUCAACAAAGAUUACCCGCACCUGAGUGAAAUUGGGUCCUGCUUCCUGGAAUAUCAAAAUGAAUUCCAGAUCUACUCUGAGUACUGCAACAACCACCCCAAUGCCUGCGCGGAGCUUUCUCGACUCACCAAAGUGAGCAAGUAUGUCUAUUUCUUUGAAGCCUGCCGGCUGCUUCAGAAGAUGAUUGACAUCUCUCUGGAUGGUUUCCUCCUGACUCCGGUGCAGAAAAUUUGCAAGUACCCACUGCAGCUUGCAGAAUUGCUGAAGUACACAAACCCACAGCAUAGGGAUUUUAAAGACGUGGAAGAUGCUUUAAAUGCCAUGAAAAACGUAGCACGGCUCAUCAAUGAGAGGAAGAGGCGUUUGGAAAACAUAGACAAAAUUGCUCACUGGCAGAGUUCCAUCGAGGAUUGGGAGGGUGAAGAUGUCCUUGUCAAGAGCUCUGAACUCAUCUAUUCUGGAGAACUGACUAAAAUAUCCCAGCCUCAAGCCAAGAGCCACCAGAGAAUGUUCUUCCUCUUUGAUCAUCAGCUUGUCUGCUGCAAGAAGGAUCUCUUGCGGCGCGAUAUCCUGUACUAUAAGAGCCGAAUCAGCAUGGACAACAUGGAGAUCCUGGAUGUGGAAGAUGGCAAAGACAAAGACUUCAAUAUCACUGUUAAAAAUGCAUUCAAGUUGCACUGUAAGGACACAGAAGAAGUCCACUUGUUCUGUGCAAAAAAGCCUGAACAGAAGCAGCGUUGGCUGAAGGCAUUUGAGAAUGAAAGGAUGCAGGUUCAGCUCGAUCAGGAAACAGGUUUUUCCAUCACUGAAGUUCAGAAGAAACAAGCUAUGCUUAAUGCCAGCAAACAAAACCAGACUGGAAAACCAAAAGUGGUCACCAGGACGUAUUACGACUUCCUGAUGCGCCAGAAGCACCCUACCUUGCCUACAAACCUCCCCCAGCAGCAAGUCUUCAUGUUGGCAGAGCCCAAGCGCAAGCCUUCAAACUUCUGGCAGAACAUCAGCAGGCUGGCACCAUUUCGAAAAUAACCGGAAGCCGCUUGUAUCCUGUGCCUGAAGACCUUCUGAGAAAGCACUUUAUGCACCAAGCCCUGCAAAACUAAGCACUAGCUCCCCCUACUGGCUUUCAGAGGGAUAGCACCUACCCUUUAUUUCCUUGUUUCUUUUGCCAAGACUGAAUGGGCUCAAGUGUAGAGGAUGACAUGGACCGUAUUUUGUUGUUUGUGUGUGCGUGUCUCUCUCUCUCUCUCAUGCUCUCUUUAUUUUUGAAAACGAGUCCUCAAGCCUGCACAUCCUUUUGAACACCCAGAAGAGAAAGCACGAGACUGGAGUCUGAACUUCCUUCCCUUUCCUUUCUUAACCUUCCUCAGUUCUUGGGCUGUGCCUCCCCUUAGGAAUGGUGUUUGCUUUCCGUUUCAGCCAGGCAGAAAGAAUGAGCAAGUGAGCAAUCCCCAUUCCCUGCUUGGUGUUUGCUCAAAACAGCCGAUCAACAUUGCUGCUGUUCAUGCACUUUGCCAAGGUGAGCCACUCCCCUCCUCUGACUCCACCAGUUCCGCUAUUCACGGAAAUCCUGAAGAACAGAACACCUCUGCCUGGCACCUUUCACCAUCCUCGGCUGAAGUCAAAACUAUCGAUGACGAGCCAGAACAUCAAAUAUGGACCCCGAAG